CUCAGUUCUGUUCUCUCGAUCAUGGAUGCUUCCACAGACGCUAACCAAGUUCCGAGAUUCAAAAGCGGAACGAUUCAAGAGAUAUUCCGACAAGCAUGGACGAAUGAGAGGAAGACUUCACUGCAAUUAAUGGUCGAGAAGCCGCCCAAGAUCAACGAGAUCAGUCUCCGAUUAUCGACGGAAUAUCUCCGACUGUUUGCGAUCGAGUGUAUCCAUCGGGCCACUCAAGUUGCCCAACAAGAGGAGGAAGAAGAAGCCCAACAAGCGGAAGAAGAAAAGAAUCGCCUGAAGGACGCAAAUGAGACGGCCGAUGAGAACUUGCGCUCCGCUCUCAAAGGGCUCAUCCAGCUUCGACAUUUACAAAAGGCUGCCCCAGGUGUAUUAUUAGAUUUUUGAAGGGGUAUAACAAGAAAGAAAAUGAUCAUACCCCAGGUGGACGAUGUAUUCAAAAGAAUGUAUAAAAACUCAAAAAUAUCGCUAUCGCGACGUGAAUCCAGGACCAGUUUCAAUAUAUGCUGUAGUCUAUGUAAAAAAAACGCAACACCACACUCGGAAUGUUUCGCCUGCUCUUAUGAUUUAUUGAUACUUCAAAUGAAUCUAGUCUUUCUCACCGCGUAGUUCGGGUUAAGGCGUGACUGGGGUGUGCUACUACGUCCCAUAGCUAUUGAUCUUUAUGCAUUUUACCUCCUGACACAUCUCUGGUUGCUGUUUUUUUUGUUCUUCUUUGGUCUCAAAAGUUCAAGCUUAUCCAGAGGUGAGCCAUCGUUCUUGUCCAGCUCAGGCGGGACUCAAUCAUCUUUUGAAGUUUGCUCAGAUGUUAUUCCGAAUCAACAAAUGGAAAUUCAAAACUCUGAUACAGUAAAAGCAAAUGUGGCUGGUGGUUUGGUUUUUUGUUUAUUUAUUUAUGGAUGCAUGUUUUAUUAAUGAUUGAGAGCUGAAUCAGACACUUCAUCUACCCUCGCG